AUUUGAUAUCGCAGCUUCCAAUCCAGCCUAUCAUCACACCAUGCCUCCCUUAACCGAGCAACAAUUGUCUGCUGCCGCCGCGGCGUGCCUGGAAUUACAAAGAACGGCGCAAGACAUCCACUCGAAACGGCCAUUUGCCGCGUUGCUACUGGCGCCAGAUAAUAGCACCAUCGUGAUGUCCUCCCUGUCUCUGUCCCACGUCCGACACGCAGAGGCUGAACUGGCUCGGAACGCGGCAGAUAAUUUCGCACGAGAGUAUCUGGCCCAGUCGACGCUCGUCUCCACCUGGGAGCCUUGUGCGAUGUGCGCGGGAACGAUUUACUGGGCGAACAUCGGACGGUUGGUGUUUCUGGCUUCAGAGAAAGCCUUGCAGGACAUCGUUGGGGAGGGAAAUCCCGAGAAUCUCACAUUAGACUUGCCAUGUCGGAUGCUCUUUCAAAGGGGCCAGACUGAAGUGGAAGUUAUUGGGCCAGUGAGUGUAUGGGAGGAGAAGGUGGUGGAGGACAGUCGGAGGUACUGGUCCAAAGGCCACUAGAAAGAAUCGGAUUUUUUGCGAUGAUGGAGCUGCUUUUGUUUGAAUUAUUUUGAAUUAUUUGAGCAUUAUUUCUACGGACCUCCCAUUAUUAAUUGAUUAUAUCCCCUUAUAUCCCUUGCGUCGACUUCGCAGCUCGAGACCUGACCCGCAUUCCUCGCCUCUCGGAGACACAACCACAAUCAUAAUACCAAAAACUCUGCUCCUUAGUCGAUCAUCUUACCAAGCGCUUCAGAGUUCAGAUACUUAUCUCCGUAGGGAAGUGAACCUCGAGGCUAAGACCACUGAUCGUCGUUCAGACUGUGGGCCGGAGGACCACGGCAGCCAAGCACCUCAUUGAAAAGCUUGGGCAAAAGCUUCGCAGUCCCGAAAUAUGGGGGAGUCGGCAGAUAUGGCCAGCCGUCUUAUUGGAGAUCCCCG